AUGGUGCACAAGACACUGUUUGCUUCCGCCCCCUUGUGGAUACUUUUUCAGCUUUGGUGCCUUUCGUUGGUCGUCAAAUACAUUGGCUACACCGAAGAACAGUUCGAACGCUUCUUGCUCGAUCCCAUACCAGAACAGCACCCAUCCUUUCCACCUCCUUUUUUGGGCUCCAGCAGCGCUCCAGAAAGUGCGGCCAGCACUUCAAAAGACCAUCUGAGAAGCACAUUCCCAAGUCCCUGGGAGAAAGAAGUGGAAGGGAACUUUCAAAUCGAGUCGCCAGAGGCUUCUCAGCGAUAUGCUCCUUUGUCAAACAGCCUCUCUUUCACCCUCGACGACAAUAUACUCGACAAGGAUGUUUCCGACUACUUUUCUAAUCGAUCGCCUUUAACAGCAUUCCACGUCGGUGAUAGACUCUCUUCGGACAUGCGAAGUGAACAUUCGACGCAGGAGAAGGAUCCAUUUGCGAAGGUCAAGAAAGAGAAGAUCUAUUUCGCAAAGUCCAGAUCUCAGACUGGAGUCGCCAAGUUCUGGAAAAGUUGUACUGAUCCUGGAGCGCGAUUGGCGUGGACCCGCUACUGGGAUAGGACUGGUCACAGGGUAUUUUUGCAACUUGCGGCCCGGGCGUUUCGCGAAGAAACAUCACUCAAGUCAGGAAAGUCCCUUCAAAGCGUCAUCUAUCAAGAGCGAUUUCAAGAACGGCCCCCAACCUGGCACAACAGCAUCAUUGAUCACCCAACAACACUCGUUGAGGAGCGUCAAUCGUUCCGAAAAGACCAGUCAGUGCAUAUACUCAUCUCGGAGUGGGCGCAAAGAGCCAGGAACGAAUUGGCAGAGAAGAGGGAGCUUCGAUACAUGCAGAAACUUGCUGGAUCUGAAAAGUGGAUAUUGAAGCCUUUAGAAAGCCGUAGGGUAGAAGAGGGCCCUGAUAGGUGGCGAAGUAAAGAGAAGGCAAAUCAAGCAGAGUAUGGUCAACAAUUCGCCCGAGCAAAUGAGGACCACUUACCUCACGACGAUGCCCCAACGAAUAACCUCUUGCCUCAUGUCCAACCUCCUGGGUCACUGCCGUCCGCAAAUUCUCGUCUUGUCGAUCAUCGGUUUAGUCUUGACACAGAGACUGAAAGAUCGCUGCAGACGAAAGCCAGAAAAAAGGACGAUGAGCAAAGACGGUUUUGGAAAAAGGUCGAAGACAAAGAAGUACUGUACAACGAGAGUGGAACGUUUACGCCCAGACCAGCGGUCUAA